UCAUCCCCAUUCAGGCUUUCCCCAGCGUUUAUUAAGGGCUCCGGGCUCCUGCCUCUCACUCUCGCUCUGCUCAAACUCCGCUCACCGGAGAGGCUCCUGCCUGGUCCCCUCUUGCCAGCUGUGGGAAGUCGCCGAAGAACUUUGUCUCUCUCCAGCAAUGCAUCUGCCUGCGAUUCUACUUUGUGUUCUCUGGUCUGCAGUGCACGCCGAGAACUUGGAUGAUUAUGAGCUCAUGUAUGUGAACCUGGACAAUGAAAUAGACAAUGGACUCCAUCCCACUGAGGACCCCACGCCGUGUGACUGCCGUCGGGAGCAUUCCGAGUGGGACAAGCUCUUCAUCAUGCUGGAGGACUCGCAGAUGAGGGAGGGCAUGCUGCUGCAGGCCACCGACGAUGUCCUCCGGGGCGAGCUGCGGGGGCUCCGGGGCGAGCUGGGCCGCCUCACGGGCAGCCUGGAGAAGCCGUGCACAUUCGCGGCCCCGGCGGAGGCUGGGGUGGCCCAGGUGCUGGACGAACUGCUGCAGGCGAGCCGCGACGCGGGCCAGAGGCUGGCGCGCCUGGAGGCGGGGAGCUCCCUGGGCGCUGUGCUGGAGGAGCUGAGGCGGACGCGUGCGGACCUCCGCGCCGUGCAGGGCUGGGCGGCCCGGCGCUGGCUGCCAGCAGGUUGCGAAACAGCAAUUUUAUUCCCAAUGCGUUCCAAGAAGAUUUUUGGAAGUGUGCAUCCGGCAACACCAAUGAAGCUUGAAUCUUUUAGUGCCUGCAUUUGGGUCAAAGCCACAGAUGUAUUAAACAAAACCAUCUUGUUUUCUUAUGGCACAAAGAGGAAUCCAUAUGAGAUCCAGCUGUACCUCAGCUAUCAGUCUAUAGUGCUAGUGGUGGGUGGAGAGGAGAACAAACUGGUUGCCGAUACUGUGAUUUCCCUGGGAAGGUGGACCCAUCUGUGCAGCACCUGGAAUUCAGAGAAAGGGCGCGUGUCCUUGUGGGUAAACGGUGAACUGGUGGCUACUGCCGUCGGUAUGGCCUCAGAUCACAUUAUUCCUGAAGGUGGAAUCCUGCAGAUUGGCCAAGAAAAGAAUGGCUGCUGUGUGGGUGGUGGCUUUGAUGAAACAUUAGCCUUUUCUGGAAGACUUACAGGCUUCAAUAUCUGGGAUCGUGUUCUCGGCAAUGAAGAGAUAAGAGAGAUGGAAGGAGCAGAGUCUUGUCAUAUCCGGGGAAAUGUUGUUGGAUGGGGAGUCACAGAGAUUCAGCCCCACGGAGGAGCCCAGUACAUUUCAUAAGCGUUGUGAAACUCGACUUGAAGCCAAAGAAAGAAGCUCACAUUUUAAACAUAUGCCAGCUGGGAAGGUCUAAAAAUCUCAAUGCAUAUUAAGAACACUUGAGACUAAUGAAGGGGAGAGUUGAGAUCAAUAUUUAUCUUGGCAAAAUAUUCUAUAAACAGUUGAGAGAAGACAUUGGAGAAGGCUUUUGAGGAUAUUGUUACCAGACUUUAUGCCAUGGUGCUUUCAGAUUAAUGCUAUGUCUUUGUCAGAUAAACUCUCAAAUAAUUAAAAAGGACUGUAUUAUUGAACAGAAGGACAAUUGUUUUACUUUUCUUUGGUUAAUUUUAUUUUGGCCAGGGAUGACUUUUUCAUUGAAAGAAUAAUAAAAUAACAUUUGUUGUCCAUUGUUUAUUGUUAUUGGCAUGUACUUUAUAAAAAAUGAUUAUGAGACAUAUUUAUACUACAGUGUGACUUAACAAAUACAAAUGUAGUUUCUGUGUUAUAAUCAAGGGUCAUUUUUUGGAGAAAAUAGUUAUAUAAGUUAUAUUGUAAAAUGGUUUUGUAUUAAUUUUAUUAAAACUAUUUUUGUAAAGCUCUACUGUAAAUAAAAUAUUUUAUAAACCUA